AUUAUUUGUUGUAAAUUUAAAAUUAUCCUUCAUCAAUGUAUUGUUAAAAAAUAAUAAUAAAAAACUUGUUGGAAAUAAUUUUUGUAAUUUAGUUAGAGAAAAAAAGGAGGGGGUAAAAAAUCCCUUCUUCUCACCCACCUUUGUAACUCUGGAUAUAUUAUCGUGUGCGUGACAAUUCUUUAUUCUCAACAGUGUUUUUAUUAAAUUGGUGAUUAUUUUUUAAUAUAAAAGGCAAUCUUUCAAUUAAGAUGCCUGGGCCAAUUGCAAAACCAGUAAUGCGAGGAAUGCAUAUAGCAUAUGUAACGAAAGGUAUCUAUGCAGGAAUUGCAGUAGCAUUAUUGAGUGGAUUUACAUUUAAACACUUUGUCAUGGAUGCAAGAAGGAAAACAUAUGACGAAUUUUACGCUACCUACGACGCGAAGGCAGCUUGUGAACGUUUGAAUAAAACCGGUUAUAUGCGAUCGUCACCAGAAAAUCUUGCUAAAAGAAAUUAAAUAACAUUUCACAUUAAAGUCAAACAUUAGAAAUAUAUAUCUAUAUUAUGAAUAAUUUAUUGUUAUUUCUGUCAGUAAAUAAUAUAAAAAAUUAUUCCCAUUCUAUGUAAAAUGUAAUUUUUUGUUAAUAUACAGGAUUAUAAAAAUUGAAA